AUGAUGAACAUACUAGUCAGUGAUCACAGUAUUGUGCAGUUUAAAACCACCACAAAGAAACCGAGUGUUGCUCGGAAAACAAUAUCUUAUCGACGAUGGAAAUCACUUGAUGUAAACCAGUUUCGGCAGAGUAUAGAUGAUAUUGACAUUCAAUCUGUCAACUCGCUUUCUGAUCUUGCUCUGUUGUACAACAGUGCCUUACGCGAUCUUUUAGAAAAACAUGUUCCCUUGAGAAGUAAAACUGUCACAUUACACCCACAAGCUGAAUGGUUUGAUGCCAAGUUGCUAAUAGAAAAGAGAGCAAAAAGAAAGUUGGAACGUAAGUUCCGAUUAUCUAAUUCACCUGAAGAUAUUCGUCAGUUCAACGAACACUCAGAGUAUUAUAGUCACUUGCUAGUUACAACGAGACAGAAAUUUUACACAGAUAAGAUUGAGGCAAAUUAUGGUGAUCAGAAAGUACUAUUCCAAGUGUUAGAUAAACUUUUACACCGUGAGAAUCAACGUCGAUUUCCACCGCAUGAUAAUCUUGAUGAUCUUACAAAUAUGUUUGCGCAUUUUUUUGUCCGGAAAAUUGAUACAAUUCGCUCUCAAUUCGCUGGCUACUGUCGAUAAUCUGCUAGGAUUUGAAUCUUCCUGUGAGACCGUUGAAAAGUUGGAAUAUUUUAGUUCAGUUUCUGAGCAUCAGAUUGAAAACAUUAUUCGGUUAACUAACAACAAAUCAUGUGAACUUGAUCCAAUUCCAACUUGGCUCUUGAAGCAAUGUAUUCCUGCCUUACUCCCGAUUAUAACAAAAAUUGUUAACCUGUCGUUGCAUGAUGCAUUCGUGCCUACCCUGUUCAAACAAGCCUUUUUGACACAAAUACUGAAGACUAUUUCCCUCAGCACAGAUGAAGAAAACAGUUUCAGACCAAUAUCUAAUCUUUCUUAUGUCUCAAAAUUAAUUGAGAAAGUGGUGGAUACCCAAUUAACAAAUCAUAUUCAGGAACAUAAUUUAGAUGAAAGCUUACAAUCGGCUUAUAAGAAACACCAUUCUACUGAAACUGCCUGGGUUCGGCUACACAAUGAUAUUUUAUCUGAGUUGGAUGACAAUAAAACUGUACUGUUGGUUAGCCUUGAUUUGAGUGCUGCAUUUGAUACCAUUGAUCAUAGUAUUUUGUUGCGUCUGCUCGAAAGUCGGUUGGGUGUCUCUGGGCAGUGUUUGAAUUGGUUUCGUUCCUAUCUCAGCAACCGUACAACAAGAGUUAUUAUUGAUGGAAAACGUUCAGAUAUAAAACGUGUAAACUUUGGUGUCCCCCAGGGAUCUGUCCUUGGCCCAAAACUUUUUACACUAUACAUAUUGCCACUGGGAGAUAUUGCACGCAAACACAAUGUACAGUUUCAUAUAUAUGCUGAUGAUUGCCAACUAUACAUAUCCUUUAAGUAUGAAAAUAGAUUGAAAACCAUUGAUAGAAUGGAAUCUCUGAUGCAUGACAUAAAAACUUGGAUGACAAAGAACAUGGUGAAGCUCGAUGAUGAUAAAACAAAGUUCCUGGUUUUGACAGGUCCUCGUCGAGACUGCUCUGAUUUUCCUUGCUUGUCAAUCGAAAACGAAAGUAUUGUUAAAUCAGAAUCAGUAACUCUCUUAGGAGUAGAACUUGAUGACAAGCUUACCUUAAAGAGUCAUGUUCGUAAUGUUGCGAAAAGUUGUUUUUUCAAGCUCCGCAAUAUGCGUAAGAUUAGAAAAUGUAUUACUGAAGAUGCAGCAAGAAUAAUGGUACACAGUAUGAUUACAUCAAGGCUUGACUAUUGUAAUGCUACCCUAUAUGGGUUACCAAAUUGUGACUUGGACAGGUUAUAUAGUGUGCAAAAGCUGGCUGCACGAUUAAUCACAGGAACAAGAAAGUACGACCAUAUUACACCGAUAUUGGAAAGACUCCACUGGUUACCAGUGAAAAAGAGAAUGGAGUACAAAAUUCUGUUACUUGUGUUUAAAUGUCUCCAAGGAACUGCACCAGAGUACUUAUCUAAACUGUUAAAAAAGCGUGAAAACAAAGGCACUAGAGCAGAUGACAAAAACCCUUUGGUUAUUCCUAGGUUUAAGAAGGUUACCCAAGGUGGACGAUGUUUUGGAAGAUCUGGCCCAACACUAUGGAACAAUUUACCAGACAACUUGAGACUUGAGACGAGUUUUAGCAUUUUUAAAAGACGUUUAAAAACGCACUUUUUUUAA